UGAUAGUUCUUGGGCUUUGUAUUUUGUUGGAUGAUGUUUCUACUUCUGCUUAAUAUGCGUUGAUGCAUCAUGCACCUGACUUCUCUUAUGUGUCUCAUAAAGCAAAAUAUUCUACCCAUUUAUUUUCUUGGAGAGUUUAUUUAUCAGUGUGGUGCUUGCUGUUGAAUAUACAAGAUGGUUUAUUUAUGCAUCCAUCACUAGGGCCUAGGGGAGACUUGAUUCUGCAACUUGAGGAUUCUUUGUUUUCGUUAAUAAUCUACUUCCUUUUUGGUUUUGAAAUUUGUUUGGGAUUUUAUCUGUUUGAGGUACCAUCCUUACCUUCUUUGCUGUUCAUCUGGUUCUUUUAUUUGAGUGGCAUCUGACUGCUAUGCUGUAAAUUUACAGAGCAUCCUGAACAUAUGAACUGUAGAAGGUUUGGUUUUAAUUGCAGUCUAGCAGAUUAAAAACAGAAUAUGCUUAUGAUCUACAGUUAUUUAGUCAUAAUUGCAGGCUGGCAGGCUAAUCCUGUAUAUGCUAAUCUGAUGGUUAAAACACAUAGUGCAAACCAUAACGAUGGUGAUUCAUUAAGUAUAUUGUAAUCCAUGGACUUGGAACUGACAGAAGUGAUGCUAAAUUUCUUUGAUAAUAACAAAGCUGUCACAAUUUGACCUACCCGUUUGAGAUGUAAUUGGAGUGACCUAGCUGUGCUGCCUGGUCUGACGGAGAGUUAUUUGCUUGUAAACAUUCUCCUCUGUGGAAAAUAUUGCAUCUCCAUGGCAACCAGGAUUGCUGCUAGAUUUAUAUCCCGUAGGUUAUCAAGUGGUGGGAAAGUGCUCAGUGAGGAGGAGAAGGCUGCAGAAAAUGUAUACAUUAAGAAAAUGGAGCAAGAGAAGUUGGAAAAGCUUGCACGUAAGGGCCCAAAACCAGAUGAAACUCCCGCAACAAGCUUAGGAGGCUCAUCAGGAUCUGUAUCUGAUGCUGCCAAUCCACAUGCCCAGUCGUCUUCAACACCUAAAGUCUCAACCGACAGAUACAGAAACUACGCUGUUGUAGCUGGUAUCGCAACUAUUGCUGCUGCCACCGGAUGGUAUUUGGGGUCGAGGAAGACAAAACCCGAAGAAGUGGAGGACUAAGGUGACGGCCGGAUGAAAUAAAACUAAACAAAUUCAUGACUUUCUGCUUGAAUCUUGUUUCACAGAUGAUGGUGCCCCUUAUAGUCGAAUGAUAUAUACUCUGGUUAUCAAUGACGUGCCAAAUCAUAAAAUCUUGGGACACCUGCUGUCGGUAAUAUCAUUGUUCCAAAAUACAAUAACCUGGGAUGUUAUGGGGCGCUUUGUGAUUUAGCACUA